ACGUCGCCCCACCACGUCAGUAGGGAACCAGCCAUUCGAGUGCCACGUUCCGACACCUUUCCGUGCCCCCGACACCGGCGGUGUGCUCUGCGCACCUUUGCGCGCUCAGUUCGCAAUCGGUUCUCCCGCGAAUCUGUUCCCGUGUUUUCUGCUCGCUUUUGCCGUCGCCGUUGUUGUUGUUGUUGUUGUUGUUGUUGUUGCGGCUAUCGGAUCCGUCGACGCGACCGGCCGGGUGCGCGAAUUAUGUGCCAUCACGUUCGUCGAGCCUGUGACCGGGAAAGUGACUGAUAUACGGCGCCGGUGCCGAUUUUGGAUGUACUUGCCGAACCCCGCUCAAGGACACGCAAGAUGCUGAAGUGGACGGUUUCUAGAUCGUUGUCGGCGAACAGCUCGACGCCUCACGGUCCACCUAGCCUGAACAAGGCGCCCCGCAGACCUUUUCGGGACUUGUCGAACACGCCUCCCGCAGCUGGAACGAAAACCCGAAAUAUUCCUGGUCAAACCGCCGACAACGCCGCGGCGAGGACCACGCCGGCCCGCCGAAGGAGAUGCAGGAGCCACGGCAGCGAUCUGAGAACCUAUUUCCAGGCGACGAAGCCUAAUUUGCGGCCGAGCAAGCGUCAGUCGAUGUCGCGGCAGCCGGAGAAGUCGUCGGUCACGGAGAGCUUUUAUCAGAGCACGCCUCGGGUCGACGCGGACAUCGGGCCGCUGACCCUGUUCCCGGCGGCGUCCGUUGGCAAGUGCUCGACAGCGUUCACCCUGCCGACGGACCCGGCGCUGUUCAUGAAAACGAGGCCGAAGGGCUUCCAGAGCGACAACGAGCUGCCGCAGAACAUCGUGAACGAGGCCCGGGCGAACCUGCAGUCGCACGUCUCCGACUUCUUCCAGCAGAUCUCGAUGGCCACCAGUCCGGAGGACGUGAUGGAGGCCGACUCGGUCCCGUUGGCGAAGAACAGGCUGUACUCGUCGCCGAGCGACGAGGCCAAGACCAAGUUCCCCGGCUGCGGGAAGAUCGCCUAUCUGCCGAAGCUGGCCAGGAUCACGAAGAUCCACGCCCGAUGCAAGACGCCGUACCACACGAAGCCCGGCCCGGCGAACGCGAGUCCUUCGAAAGCCAACAGUCACGGCCAGACGCCGCUGGCCGGCAAGCUCUCGAACUUGGCCAUCGACCAGGAUCUGCCUAAAUUCGAAAAUAUGGACAACACCGUGACGGAAGUCCUCAACAGGGAGCAGGAGCUGAAUUUCUCCGGGAAGACGGUGGCGGAGAUCCUGCUGGGCGACGCGGAGGAGAGGAAGAAGGUGCUGGAGGGUAGCCGGGAGGAGGACACCCUGGGAAAAUUGGAGCACACCUACGAGACUAUCGUCGAGCAAGAAGAGGCCGUCGACGACGAGACGGCGUGCCACAACGACAGCUCCGUGUCUUCGGCCAGCCAGCUGCUGGAGGACCCUUCCCCGAUGUCCUGGGCGUUCUCCUCCCCGCCCGACGAACUAGACGGCGAGUUCACCUUGAAGAGGCAGCGUGGCAUCCGGCGGAAACGGCACCGGAAGGACACCGAGAAGAUGUACGAAGGCAAGCGAGCCAGGAGACGGUUGUCCAGCCACAGUCCUUCGACCAGCGCGAAGCCGGAGCAGCACGUUCUGAUGGAAGCUGUGAACCCGAACGUGAAGAAGCUCGCCCUGGAGACGGAUCUGGACUCGACCCUGGACGAGAAGUGCGAGUUCGCGCCGAAGGCGCUCUUCUGCGACCUCGAGGAUCCUCGGAAGGACGAGGACGACGGGAGGAAGGCCGGCUCCUGGGACCUGGACAGCCCCAAGUCCACGGUCACCGACGACUUCCACAGCUCCAAGUCGUUCCUGAACUCCGUGACGAACACGCCCGAAGCCCCGUUGGUCGCCACGGUCAGAAGAUGCUUGAAAUUCAGCCCGGAGAGCGAGCCGCCGAGGCCGAACUGCCACGGCUCGAUCGAGAUCGAGUAUUCCGUCGUCGCCGAUCAGAUCCACGUCAGAGUGAUACGGUGCAAGGACCUGAGGAGGGCGUACGAGGGCCCGGUCCACGCUUACGUGAAGGCGAGCCUGAAGAACAGCAACGGCGAGGGGGUGGUGAAGAGGACCGCGGUGCACAGGGCCACGCCGAAUCCCGUUUUCCACGAGACCUUGAUACUGCCCUGUCCGGCGAACAACAAUCACUGCGCCAGCAGCAAGCCUACGUCCCUGGACAUCGCGGUGUGGCACAGGGAUCGUCGCGCAAGACGUAGCGAACUGCUGGGCUGCAUGACUCUGCCUCUACCCCUGUCGCAGGACAAGGAAGCGACAUGGCAUCCGCUAGAAGCAGGAACCGGCCGAAACACGAGCAGUUUGUACGCGGGCAUGCCUCAAGACUGCGGAGUCUCGCCGCCCUUGUCCAAGGACGGGGAACCAGAUAAUAAUAAUUCAGGUGGCGAGAACCUGACGUAUCUGAGGCAUCUCGAAUUGGAGCCGAUCGAUCCUCUGACCGGCUUACCGCUGCAUCCCGGAUUCACGGCUAGGGGCGGCAGGACACCUUGCACCGUCACGAGGAGACUGAUCAGACAAACGACAGCCAGCCAGGUACCAUGGGGAUUCUCGUUGUCCUGGGGGAGGCCACCCCGCGUGGAGCGCGUCGACCCUGGCAGCCCGGCGGAGCGGUCCGGCCUGAGGCCAGGUGACCACGUCGUCUUCGUCGACACGACGAACGUGGUGACGCUGCCGCGCGAGGAGAUCCUCGGGCUGAUCCAGGCGGCGACCAAUCAGCUGAUCCUGGAGGUGUACCGGAAGGGAGGGCACGUGCACUCGACGAUGCACCGGCCCAGCUCGGUGAACGUCAGCAUGCAGCAGCCGGUCUCCGGUGGACAGCCCGCGGUCGCGUUCACCGCCGAGGUUUUCCCGAACCUGGCCCCGGACGCGCCGCCGGAGGAGGAGCUGUCCGUUCGCGAGACAAGAUACUGGGGGAUCUUGAAGAGCGGGCACACGCGCUUCAUGGCGCCGCUGGUAGAAAGGCGCGACGUCCUGUCCGCCGCGGACUACAUGAUCCUCUUCCAAAACCUCGACGAGCUGCUCAAGAUCUCCGACGAGAUCCGCGACGAAGGCGGCGGGGUCGACAGCUAUCUGUGCCGAGUACCCAGGAUCACCGCGGCCUACAGGAGAUACCUGAGCGGCCUCCAACGAGCCUGCUGCCUUUUGGUAGCCCUCAGACGGAACACCGCGUUCGCGAAACUCGUCUGCGAACCGGCCGUUCCGCAGAAAAGGCGUCCCGAUCUGACCGGCGUACUGCUUCUGCCCCUCGAGCACUAUAGAGAGAUGACGAGACUGUUGGGUCAGGCGUCGCCCAGGAAUUGCCAGCAGGCCCGAGACCUGGCCCAAGGCUACAGGGAAGCCACGGCGAACGCAGGGGUCAUGGAGCCGCCGCGGGACACCGGCAGGCCUCUGCUCAGCCUGCAGGAGGUCGAGUCGCGACUCGUCUUCGCGAGGUGCAAACCGUUCACCCUGGCGAUGCCUGGGAGGCAAUGGCUCUUCGGCGGUGCGCUGGCGAAGGUGGAGGGUCGGGCCCGCCUGCAGCCAUCGUGGGCCCUGCUGCUGACGGAUCUGCUGGUGUUCGCCAGGGUCUCUAGGGACCGGGUUCUGUUCGUGACGGAGGAGCCUUUGCGGCUGUCGAACGUAGCCGAGGCUUGCUUCACCGUUCGCAAGAGGCCGACGGAGUUUCGGCUGCAGGUGGCCAUCAAUCCGAACGGCAACUCGGAGAACGGGCACGUGGAGGUGACGAACAGCGGCGGCUGCAGCCCUCACAGUCGGCCCCGGCGGCGAGUCCUGGUGCUGCGCGCUCCCACGCCGGAGCUGAAGGCUGUCUGGCACAAUCUUCUCCAACGGCAAAUAAUCUAUGUGAAUACAGGAUACGGGGGGACGCCAAAUCAGGACAGCCCGGAAGAGAGUCCGAUCACCGGCAGCAACUUCGCCGCCGUUAGGGAGUCCACGGAGAGCUCGCAGACCAUUACCGUCAGGGAGACGUCGAAGCCGGACGAGGAGAAGGGGUCGCGGUCGGCCGAGAGCAUCGAGACGAUCAUCAAGAACUCGAGGGAGGACAAUCAUUUGGCGCAGUGGGUGCGCAACUCGCACCAGAUCCCGCCGCCGGACCACGAGGAGGCGCCGAUAGAGGAGUGGACGGCCGAGGAGUUGGCGGCGAGGGCGCCCAAGGAGAGCAUAAACGAGCCCGAGGGCGGCCGUAACACGCCCGCGGAGGAGAUCGUGACGGAGGUCGGCAACUCGGACGUGGAGCAACAGAGCACCGCGUCCAGCGCCAGCCUGAGCACCGUCAAAUCGAACAGCGUGUCGACGAAGAAGAACGGCAGCCUCGGCUCCUCCAAAGAGAACUCGACCAGCUCCAUCAACAUCUGCAGGAGGUGCCACAGAUCGGGUUGCCCGACGCCGCCUCUGACGAGGGAUCCGUUUUCACCGUUACCGCCAAAGAUCUCCGUGGUCCCGCCCACGCCCGAUCUCUGCACCAAACAUAGAUUGAGGAACGGCUUGUACGACAGCCCCGGCCGGAACAGCCCCAGCUACACCCCCGCCGAUGGCAACACCGAGGACGGCAGCGAGGACGACCUCGACUGCGACGGCGAGCCGCCGUACAGAGCCCUGAGAAGGUUCGGCACGAUGAGCAGCCUGGACCAGGACGACGAGCUCGAGGAGCAAGCGGACGAGGAGAACAGGGACACGGAGUCGCCGCCGACGGGUCUGAGAGCGUGGACCGCGAGGGCGAGCAGCUACGUGGUCAGUAAAAUGGUUUUGCUCGAGCAGCUCAGCGAGGGUGUCGGUGGGUACCUUCUUCAGCCGCCGGUGCCCCCGGAGAGAACCGAAUACUCGUUGGACCCGAACGACGAGGAGGGGACCACCUCCGGAGCAACGUCCGGUGACGAUAUCUGGGGCACACCGACCUCAGGUGGUCCCGACGACGAGAGCUUCUCCGCGAGUUCGCCGCCGCCGAACGGCGCUGGCAACGUGGCCGGUUCCGGCGAGGACAACUACGGUUUGAACCUGUCCGCGGACGACGACGCCGACCAGGAGUCCGAGAACGAGGACUGCGGCCUGCCGGAGCUGAACAUGGAUCAGUUGUUGGGCAGCGGUAGCUUGGGCUCGCUCCGGUGUUUCCUGGGUAGGCGACGGUUGGAGCCGUUGCCGGAGGAGGAGGACUCGCCCGGGAGCGGGAAGGACCAGGUCGGAUGGUGGUGACAGAGGUUUCAAACGACGACGUCGA